AGCAGCGGCGGCAGAGGCGGCCGCAGUUGAGCAGCCCGGAAGGGAGGGGGUAUUUUUUUCUGGCGGUGCUGCUGUUGUCGCGCGGUCCUGCGAGCACCUCUCGUUACAUCCCCGGGGGGUGGCCGCCGGUAACGCUAGUGAAGCUGCGUCCGUGCGCCGCUCCCGUUGCGUUGCGGGCGGUGCGUGCGCGGCUGCCCGAGGUCGCAGGAGGCGGCAGCGGUGGUUGAGAGGGAGGUCUCCCUCCCUGCGGCACUAUGAAAGCUGUGAGUCCCGUCCGGCACCCCAGCCGCAAGGCGCAGCCCGGCGUGGCGGGCGGCGGCGGGGGACACCCGGCCCUGCGGUGCCUGGCAGAGCACAGCGGCUGUAAGGGGGGCCCGCCGUCGGGCGAGGAGCCGGCGGCGCUGUGCCUGCAGUGCGAUAUGAAUGACUGUUACAGCCGACUGAGGAAGCUGGUGCCCACCAUCCCGCCCAACAAGAGGGUCAGCAAAGUGGAGAUCCUGCAGCAUGUCAUCGACUACAUCCUCGACCUGCAGCUGGCUCUGGAGACGCACCCGGCGCUGCUCCGGCAGCAGCAGCCGCCUGCCCUGCACCCGGGCAGCUGUCCCGCGGGCACCCCCAGGACCCCGCUGACAGCCCUCAACACUGACCCGGUAAGAGGCUGGCUCUGUUAACAAGCCGGGGGACAGCAUCCUCUGCCGCUGACCGCCGCUCCCCAGGUGUGCGGCGGCGCCGCGCCGCGCAGAGGCACCGCGGGGGGCGGGCGGCGGCGGGAGGGAGGGGGGGGGCCCUGCCCGGCCCCGCCGCACCGGAGGAAGGAGCCAUCCGACCCCCCCCCCCCCGAGCAGUUCCCAUGCUUCAUCCCCGGCAGAGCCAACCUUUUUCACCGUUUUGCACGUCCGUAGCGGUCCCCCGUCCCGCUCCCCCCCACGCCUGCCCUCCCCCGUCUCCUCUCUUCGCUUCCGAGCAGAUGUGAGCGGUGUCUCCCGCGGUGGCAGGAGGUUGUCGGACUCGAGCAGGAAAAGUUGCGACUCUUCCCCGGGAUAAGAGGACCGAGCCUAAACCAGACUUUAGAAGCGUUAUAACUCUUUAAGGGACCGAGCAGCUGAAUCUUGAAGCUUUACUAAUCUACCAGAGCAUUUGUAGAUAAUAUUUGACAUCUAUUGUUUAAAAUAGAUGGAUUUUAUUGGGGCCCAGGGAACUUUCUUCUCCCUGCAGGAAUGUUACAUAUUGUAUAGAUAAAUGAGUGACAUUUCAUACUGUGUAUAUAUAGAGAUGUUCUAUAAGUGUGAGAAAAGUAUAUGCUUUAAUAGACUACUGUAAUUAUAAAAUAUUUUUAAUUAAAUAUUUUUUUGUAAAUAUUAUAAAGGUGUGUAUGUUUUUUUUAAAUCUGUGGGAAUAUCUCUUUAGAAAACCACAGCUCAAGUAUGGAGCUGCUAAUAUGGAAAUAUCUUGAAUGUUUAGGGCUUUUUUUGUCCCCAAAUGUCCUUUAGAUGCAGAAGUUGCAGCUAUAGCUAGUGGUCCUGCAUGAUUGCAUGAGAUGUCUAAUUGCAAAUAAACUUGUUUGGAGUCCAUACAAACGUGUUUUCCUCGAUCUAGACUUAAAAUGUUUGUAAGUGUAUUAUACAUUUUGAGACUACACUUUUGUCAUUUAGGCACAGGGGUUUUUAGUGCAUUCUAUAAAAGUAGCAGUAAGAUGUAAGUAGUGUUUUUUUACUGAGACUAGAAAAACAUUCUAUCUAGUUUUUGCAUUAUGGGGACGAUGCUUUAGGUCUUUAAUCAGCUUUUUUAAAAUCUGCUGUUGCAUCAGAUCAAGGAAUUUGUUCUGGAACUUCAUUUAGCACCAAAAGGUUUUAUUGCAAACUUGUGUUCCUACAGCCUAUUAAUUCCUUAAAAAGUGAAAACAGUUCUCUGCUUGCAACCAAAGGGCAAACCAUUAACAAAAACAGUUGCUGUUUCCUUCGUCCAAAGAGUAUUAAUACCGAACUACAGAAAGGCACAUGGGCAAAGUCAUUAUGAUUAAUGAUGUAAAUUCAUCUUAAAAUGAACUUAAGUAUACCAAAAAUGGGAUAACUGCAUCAAGGUUAUUUUUCUAGUACAAAAUGACUUUCAUUUCACUGCAGCUAUGUUACAGUUAAAAUCCUGUUUAAUCUCUGUGAUGUGUAACUACUACAUGUGAACAUUAAACUAGAUUUACCUGUCUUUAACUGUGAUU